ACACGCCGCCAUCACUUCCUCUCCAGCCUUGUCCCCCCUCCCUCCUCUCUCCUGCUGCCGCUUCCAUCGCAGCCACAUGAUUUUAAGACCUGCACCCUGAAGCAGAGGGGAAGGAAGGAUUUUCCUAAAACCACUAAUACCCCGUGUAGUCCCCGGUCCUCCGGCCGAGGUGCUUCCUUCCUUUCUUCCCUUCUGCUCCCGGGCUAGCACAGUGCGCCCUCUCCUCCUCCCUUUAUCCACCUAGGACCCUGCCGAAACGUCGCCAUGCCUAACAUUGUGCUUUUCAGCGGCAGUUCCCACCAGGACCUCUCCCAGAAGGUGGCAGACCGGCUGGGACUGGAGCUGGGCAAGGUGGUCACCAAGAAAUUCAGCAACCAAGAGACCAGUGUAGAGAUUGGUGAAAGUGUAAGAGGUGAAGAUGUCUACAUCGUACAGAGUGGUUGCGGUGAAAUCAAUGACAACCUGAUGGAGCUGCUUAUAAUGAUUAAUGCUUGUAAGAUCGCUUCUUCAUCCCGGGUAACUGCAGUUAUUCCGUGUUUUCCAUAUGCUCGGCAAGACAAAAAAGAUAAGAGUCGAGCUCCAAUAUCUGCCAAAUUGGUUGCAAACAUGCUUUCAGUUGCUGGAGCUGACCACAUUAUUACCAUGGACCUUCAUGCUUCUCAGAUACAGGGGUUCUUUGACAUUCCCGUAGAUAAUUUGUAUGCUGAACCUGCAGUUCUACAGUGGGUCAGGGAAAAUAUUCCUGAAUGGAAAAACUCAAUUAUUGUGUCUCCUGAUGCUGGUGGAGCUAAAAGGGUUACAUCAAUUGCUGACAGACUUAAUGUUGAGUUUGCUCUGAUCCACAAGGAACGUAAAAAAGCCAAUGAAGUUGACAGAAUGGUUUUGGUUGGAGAUGUGAAGGAUCGUAUUGCAAUUCUGGUCGAUGAUAUGGCUGAUACAUGUGGCACCAUAUGCCAUGCUGCUGACAAGUUACUUUCUGCUGGAGCAACAAAAGUUUAUGCAAUUUUAACUCAUGGAAUUUUCUCUGGACCUGCCAUUUCUCGGAUCAAUAAUGCAGCAUUUGAGGCUGUAGUGGUAACUAAUACAAUUCCACAAGAAGACAAAAUGAAAGCUUGCUCAAAGAUUCAGGUAAUCGACAUUUCUAUGAUUUUGGCAGAGGCAAUUCGAAGGACGCAUAAUGGAGAAUCUGUGUCAUACCUGUUCAGCCAUGUCCCCUUAUAAAAUUCUUCCUUCCUUCCUGCAUGCAGCAGCCCUCAUUUGUUUCCUUUUUAAAGCAAAGUUAACCAAAAGCCGGAUAGUUAAUGCCUAUUUAGCAGUUUCAACAUUUUUACUCUCUCUCUUUUUGGAAGAAUUCAGUCUAGCAAGAAGUAAAGUAGUAUUCUGAACGCAUUCUUUGGAAGUGUUGAACACAGCUUGGAUUUCAAACUGGCCAUACAUUGUAUUUCUAUUUAAUAAAGGCUAUAUGGACAUUUUGGAUAAAGUUAUGCCCGUGUACUUGCACAAGAUGAUUUAUCGGUGAAUCAAUCUCACCGAGUAGGUCUGACAUUUUGAAUGUUACCUUUUCCAGCGAAAGGCUUGGGGUUGUAUGGGAAGGGUGGGACAUGAUAGUGGGAGAGAUUCAAAUUCAGAAUUUUUUUAUGCAGUUUAAAUCUUUAAUAAUGCUAGCAGAUGUAUUCUGUAUACUGUCAAUAGAUUAUGGGCUAGUUUACUUUGUUCAUUUAGGAUGUUGUACAUCAGCACGCUGACAUAGCACUAUAACAACGUUUCCAUUUGUAUUUUAUUUUUCAUUGUUUCUGUUAUGACAUGUUGUUGAACUGGAAAUGUUUUCAAUAUGGCAUUUUGUGCAUAACACCAGCUUUUUUCUGAUUCAUUUAUUACAAAUAUUAAUACUCCCCUCAAACUAUAAAUCUCAACUUUGUAUCCAAUUUGAAAUGGCAAUGGAGCAAUGUGUAGCAUACUCCAGUAGGUGUAAAAUAGCAAUGCAGCAUUUUUUUUGAACACCUUAAUAAACUGGAUUAAAAAUG